UCUUCAACAACCACUCGGCAACUGAUGCAGCCACCUCCGUAGUUUGCUAGUCAACCUAAAACCGACACAUUGAAGCGUAAAUUGUAUUUAUAUUAAUCUGUGUUUUUUACACAAUUAUGUUUACGUUUCUCCUAGUUAACUUAAACGUAACUUGCUUGUUAAAUUUACUAAUUCGUUCAGAUUAAUGUAAGAUUUAGGCUAGUCGCUAAUGCUGACUAGCUACCAUCUCCGACCAUGAGCUCACUAAGAUACUCCCCCCUGCUAAAAAAAGAAGAGGUCUGCGGGACAGAGAAAGAAGCGCUGGCGCUGAACAUUGUCGUGAAAGAAGAAGAAGAAGAAGAAGAAGAAGAGGAGGAUGUUACAGUGAAAGAAGAGGAAGAACCUUUAAGAAUGAAAAAGGAGAACGAGGGGAUAGAGGCUGUAACAGUGAAAGAGGAGGAGGUAGAAGCUUUCAGAAUUAAAAAGGAGGAAGAGGAGGAGGUAGAAGCUUUCAGAAUUAAAAAGGAGGAAGAGGAGGCUAUCACAUUGAAAGAAGAGAAAGAACCUUUUGGAGUGAAAGAGGAAGAGGAGGAUAUCUCAAUAAAAGAGGAAGACAUUUUGCGAGUGGAGGAGGAAGAGGAGACAAGAGAUCUUAACACCAGAGAGAGACCAGACUCUCCCUCUGACAGCGGGAAGAGUCCUUCAGGGGAACCAGACCGAGAGACGUCCAAACCAGCAAUACAACAUCACUACUGCCACUGUGGAAUGAGUUUUUGGUGGUUAGGACACCUGAAAGACCAUAAGAGAGGUCACACAGAGAAGCCUUACCACUGCUCCCAGUGUGAAAAAGGUUUAGCCACUUAAGAAGCCUGAAAUUGCAUGAGCUAAUACACACAGGAGAGAAGCCUUUCCACUGCUCCCAGUGUAGAAAGCGUUAACUGGUUAUCAAGCCUGAAAAUACAUGGGAGAAUACACUCUGGAGAGAAGCCUUACCAAUGCUCCCAGUGUGGAAAGAGUUUUAGGUGGUUAGUGAGCCUGAAAAUACGUGAGAAAACACACACAGGGGAGAAUCCUUUCCACUGCUCUGUGUGGAAAGACACUUUCCCAGAUAAAUAACCUGAAAAUCUUGAGCUAACGCUGUAUAUAAUAAGCCUCGUCACUGUUCCUAGUGUGGAAAUACAUUUUUCUCAUUAGGGUCCCCAAAAUAACAUGAGGACACUCCUUUUAGAGAAACCCUACCAUUGCUGUGUGUGGAAAGAAUUUUGCCUCAUCAAUAUGCCUGAAAGAACAUAAAAUAAUACUCUCUGGAGUGAAACCUUACCACCGCUCCCAGUGUGUAAAGAGCUUUAAGAAUUUAUGCUAUAUGAAAGUGCAUGAGCACAGACACUAGCACUGCUCAGCAACUGAAAGAGCAUGAAAUAAUCCACACGAGAUAAUUUAGCAAUGGUCCCGGUGUGGAAAGAGACGUAGUUCAUCAUGGUUUUAGAACCAUUUGUAUGUGAUAGUUUAUUGUGUAUAGAAAUUGUAUUAAAACUGACCACAGUACUUAAGUGACAGUCUUUCUGUAAUGUAUUUACAAUGACAUCAUAAUCCAGUCUGUUGGUACAUUAGGAAAGGAGUUGGAUCUUAAAAGCCAUAAAAAGACCCAGUGCCUCAAAAAAACAAAGUACUUUGCUUUAUGUUUUUUGUGUGUUCUCUGUUAAAUAUCUUUGCUCAGCCCACAUGCUUUAUGUAUGUAAUGUAUGUAAUAACUAUGUAUUCACACUAUGACUCUCCUAUUCCAUGGAAUGCCCAUUGCCCUCAUGACAUGUCUGCUAAAUAGUUUUAUCUGGUUCUUCAAUGAUAGAUGGAACUGACAAGGUUAACUUUGAUUCUAUCUAACGUAUUGCCUGCAAUGUGCACGGGCUUCAUGAUGGGAAAAAGCACAUGGUUCUUGAACACUUAAAGAGAUUACAUAGAAAAAAAGGAGAAAUGUAAUAUUUAAAGAGGAGCUAGGUUGGAGAGGCCUAUGCUGCCACCUACUGUAGUAACAGCAGAGGUGUGGACAUCUUAAUAAAUAAGAAUACCCUAAUUUCAUUUGAAAGUUCACAUGUUCCAGAAGGUGGUUCUGCCAAAAAAGAAACUUUUUUUUUUUGUACUUUUCUCAUCAUCUUGAAAAAACUUGUACUUAAACUUGUAACUGGAAAUCAAUCAAUCCUCUAUCGGUAACACAAUGGAAAGGUCAAAUGCUUUAUCUAAAUGUUGAAAGUGGGUGAGCGACGGAGAGAAAACAAAAUGGUGCAGUUUGAGGACAUGUUUGUGUAGAGUGAUGCGGGCACUGGAGAUGGGGG